UAAUUAAGCUUCAAAAAGGUUUCUGUUGUUUCUCUGUUACUCUAUUUAUAAUAUACAAACGCUCUUCAAAUCCGACGCGCUUCUAGAUCUCCACUAAUUUCCCUCUCUUUUCCAUUUCCACACAUCAAUUUGAUAAUUUGCCAGAAUUUCUGCGGCUGCUAUGGGGACUGUUGUGGAUGCUGUAAACAAGGGAGCAAAUGGAAGUGCACCAAUCAACAAGAAGGUCACCGUUGUGUUUGUUCUGGGUGGCCCAGGUAGCGGUAAGGGCACACAGUGUGCAAACAUCGUCGAACAUUUUGGUUAUACUCACUUGAGUGCAGGUGAUCUUCUCCGAGCGGAGAUAAAAUCUGGUUCUGAGAAUGGGACUAUGAUACAAAACAUGAUCAAGGAGGGAAAAAUUGUACCUUCAGAGGUCACAAUCAAGCUUCUUAAACGAGCAAUUGAGGAAAAUGAAAACGACAAGUUUCUUAUUGACGGUUUCCCGCGUAAUGAGGAAAAUCGUGCGGCAUUUGAGUCUGUAACUGGUAUUCAGCCAGAGUUUGUACUUUUCUUCGACUGUUCAGAGGAGGAAAUGCAGAAGCGCUUGUUGGGUAGAAACCAGGGUAGGGAAGAUGAUAAUAUUGAGACAAUAAGGAAGAGAUUUAAUGUCUACAUGGAAUCUAGUCUCCCAGUUAUUGAAUAUUACAGUGCAAAAGGCAAGGUUAAGAAGAUUGAUGCUGCAAGACCUAUUGGAGAAGUUUUUGAGGCGGUCAAAGCUAUUUUCACCCCACCUAAGCCAUAUGGAGUAAUAGUUUCUCUUUCGCUUGACAUAGGUUGCUGCUUAAAUUUGCUACUUCACUCAUCAUUUUGCUCCAGAUAUCAGUAUAGGCAGUUCUGAAAUAUAUGGCUUGAGGAGGUUUGUGUGUUAUCAGUGGAUUUCUUCCCCCUGAGUUGGAGGGGUUAUUACAUUUAUACUUUUAUAGAUUGUAAUGUUAUGAAGUUUCUUGUCUCUAUAUUGUCUUACCCUAGUAUCUCAACGAGGUUAUUGCCUCUAUAAUAUCUAGUAUACGACAACUGAAUUCUUCUAUGUUUGCAUAUUUCUUAGUACUAAUAAGAUUACUGCAUGUUCAUUUA